AUGCUUGCAACACUGCCACCAAACGUGAAAGGCCUUUUUCCGAAGGAAAAUAUCGAGUUUGCCGAAAGCAUCGACGAGAACGAAGCAAAAAUUCUGAAGGAGGUGUUCGAUAAGCACUCGACGUUUGACGAGGUCGGUGAGAUGAUCAGUGCGGUGGAGGCAAAGUCACCAGAACUCGCUAAAAGGAUGCGAGACGUACUGUCCAAGAACUGCUCACGACUGAACGGUCUCAGUCCAUCGGCAAUCGACUACAGUAAAAAGGAGCUCUCGAGUGAAGACCAAGCAUCGCUGAAGAAAUCCAACCCAGAUGUCCAAUUCUAA